AUGUUCAAUUUCUUGUUCGGGCCGCCUACAGCGCCGCAGCGCGUGCCAACCGAUCAUGUCGUUCCCGUAGGGUUCUUUGACGACACCAUCAUCUUCAGGACAUUCGUCUUGUACACUCUUUUUGUGUUCGACGAUGUUCUCGACGUCGAGAAGCUCCACAGCUCGUUAGAGCGCGUAGUCGCCCGCCCCGGCUGGAAGAAGUUUGGAGCCAGAUUAAGAAGAAAUGACCGCGGAGAGCUGGAGCAUCACAUUCCGGCGGCCUUCUCUCAAAACCGCCCCGCCGUCGGAUUCGACCACCAGGACCUGAGCGAGUUGGCCGUAGAAGACCACCCCGCCGGCUUGCGUAUCCCGCGCCCGCCGCGCAAUGGCCGCCCGGCGAUUGUGGGAGACCCCGACGACCUAUCCGAGCUCGUAUACGGCCCCGAAGUCCCCAGGCGGCUCGACGACUAUCUCUACUCGGACCGGCCUCAGCUCGGCCUUCGAGUUGUCUCCUUCAAGAACUCAACCGUCGUCGUCCUGCAUUGGAUCCAUCUAGCCUGCGACGCCACGGCAAAACGGGCACUUCUCGAAGCCUGGAUGCUAAUGCUUCGAGGGAGGGAAGACGAGAUCCCCGAGCCGCUUGCACCCGACAAUUACGUCCUAGACAAUAUCGGCAACGACCCGGCCAAACCGCACGUCCUCGCCGAUCGCCGCAUGUCCAUGUCCGCUCUGGUCUUGUGGGCGCUCCGGAAUGCCAACUCGUUGCUCUUUCGUCCCAAAGAACAUCGCAUGGUCUGCGUGCCAGCUGCGUACCUCGCAAAGCUGAGAGAGAGCGCUCUGGCGGAGCUCAAUGCCCAAGCGACUGCCGCGGGGCAGGAGGAAGAAGCAUUCCUGAGCGAGGGAGAUGUUCUAUUGGCCUGGAUGACGCGCCUAGCAGUGGCGAAUAUCUCUAAGGAUUCCGAAACAACAAUCGCCGUACAGCAGGUAUAUCAGUGGCGUCCCGUCUUGGAAGAUCUCAUUCCUGCAAAUACGCCCUUCCUCAGCAACUGCCUCGGAUUUCUCGUUACCUUGAUGCCGGCAAAGGAUGUCCUCCAGAAACCACUCGGCUACCUUGCCUCCCACAUCCGCCGGUCGAUCGUGGAGCAAGGUUCGCGAGAACAAAUCGAGGCCUACGCAUCGAUCAUCCGGCAAGACCCCAAAAAUAGGGCGCCGCCCAUGUUCGGCGAAAGCUCGAUGCAGCUGCUGAUGUUUUCUAAUUGGCGCAAGGCAAACAUGUACGGACUUGAUCUGUCGGCGGCUGCCGUCAAGCCGAGGGAUGCUCCCUUGAUGCCGUCGUAUGUCCAGAGCAUGCAGGGCCCAUACAACUUCACCGACGGCAUUAUCAUUGUAGGCAGGGAUGCCGAGGGAAACUAUUGGCUGUCCGGAUAUAGGGUUAAGGGACUUUGGAACAUGAUGGAGGCAGAGAUGGCGAGAGAGAACAUCUAA